AUGGCAGCCUCACUUCAAGCAGCUGCUACUCUCAUGCAACCUACAAAGUUGCGUAGCAACACUUUGCAGCUUAAGUCUAACCAAUCUGUUUCUAAGGCCUUUGGUUUGGAACACUAUGGAGCUAAGGUUACUUGUUCCCUUCAGUCUGAUUUCAAGGAGUUGGCUUACAAGUGUGUUGAGGCUUCUAAGAUUGCAGGAUUUGCUCUUGCCACUUCUGCUCUUGUUGUCUCUGGAGCAAGUGCAGAAGGUGCUCCAAAGAGGCUAACUUUCGACGAAAUCCAAAGCAAAACAUACUUGGAAGUCAAGGGAACAGGAACUGCAAACCAAUGUCCAACCAUUGAUGGAGGAGUAGACACAUUCGCCUUCAAGGAAGGAAAAUACAAUGCCAAGAAACUCUGCCUUGAACCAACUUCAUUCACAGUAAAAUCAGAAGGCGUAACCAAAAACACUCCACUCGCAUUCCAAAACACCAAGCUCAUGACACGUUUAACCUACACUCUUGACGAGAUUGAAGGGCCAUUCGAGGUUUCAGCAGACGGGAGUGUGAAAUUUGAGGAGAAAGACGGAAUUGAUUACGCUGCAGUCACCGUUCAGCUUCCUGGAGGCGAGCGUGUGCCAUUCCUUUUCACCAUCAAGCAGUUGGUAGCAUCAGGGAAACCUGAUAGCUUCAGCGGUGAGUUUUUGGUGCCAUCAUACAGAGGAAGCUCUUUCUUGGACCCAAAGGGAAGAGGUGAUGAAGAAGAACUUGGAAAGGAAAACAACAAGAGUGCUGCAUCAUCAAAAGGGAAAAUCACAUUGAGUGUUACUCAGACUAAGCCCGAGACCGGUGAGGUUAUCGGUGUGUUUGAGAGUAUUCAGCCAUCUGAUACUGAUUUGGGAGCAAAAGCUCCAAAGGAUGUUAAGAUCCAAGGUGUUUGGUAUGCUCAGCUUGAAUCAUAG